CCCCGCCCCGCGGACCACGCCCCCCUCCCCGGCCCCUCUGCUCUCGCAGUCACAGCCGAGCAGCUGGCGAAGCGGAGCGGGUCGCAGGUUAGCCAUGUCAUCUGAGCCUCCGCCGCCGCCACAGCCCCCAACCCACCAGACUUCGGUGGGGCUGCUGGACACCCAGCGGGCCCGAGAUCGGUCACCGUCCCCUCUUCGGGGCAACGUGGUCCCCAGCCCACUGCCCACCCGCCGGACAAGGACCUUCUCAGCGACGGUGAGGGCUUCUCAAGGUCCUGUAUACAAAGGAGUCUGCAAAUGUUUCUGUCGAUCCAAGGGCCAUGGCUUCAUCACCCCGGCCGAUGGCGGCCCCGACAUCUUCUUGCACAUUUCUGAUGUGGAAGGGGAGUACGUCCCCGUGGAAGGCGACGAGGUCACCUAUAAGAUGUGCUCCAUUCCCCCCAAGAACGAGAAGCUGCAGGCCGUGGAGGUGGUCAUCACCCAUCUGGCUCCAGGCACCAAGCACGAGACCUGGUCCGGCCACGUCGUUAGCUCCUAGGAGAGGCCGGAAGCACCCCUUUCUCCUGGGCUUGCGGGAGACUCUCGGGGGAGGAGGAGGCAGGACCAAACUGGAGAUGCUGGUCUGCCGCUUAAGGUGGGGCUUCAAAGGGAGAAGCCCGUCGGUCCCUUUCAAGUAUCUCCUGGAGGAGGGGGCGUGGGGGGCAGGCAUGGGGGUGCUCUCGGCCACCAGCACAGCCUCUGACCAUUGCAACAGUCUCUCACCAUCUGAAAAGCAUUAAAAGCAUGGAAAAAGGGGUGCCCGCUGGUGGCUGAGUGGAGGGUCCGACCCCAGCCCGGGGGUGGGCCAGGCUUCCCCAGCCCCAGCCCGGGGGUGGCCAGGCUUCCCCAGCCCCAGCCCGGGGGUGGCCGGGCUUCCCCAGCCCCAGCCCGGGGGUGGCCGGGCUUCCCCAGCCCCAGCCCGGGGGUGGCCGGGCUUCCCCAGCCCACAGAGUCCUUUGUGCCCCUGGACUGGAGACCCAGUCCCCGGGUCCAGUCCGCACCAGGGCUGACCGGGGCCCUGCACGUUUCCUCGGAUGCACUCUUACCCAUGUGGCCACCUUCCUCAUGCCCAUGGCCCCGGGCCCAGGCCUUUCUCUUGCUCCUUGUGGCUGGUUCUGGGCGGGGGAGAAUCUGGCUCAACGGUGCGAGCAGGGGAGGGCUCUGGUGCCUUGCAAGUGGGAAGUGUCACUACUGAGCAUCUGGGGGAAAGUGCUUUUCCGGGAGCCCUGAGCCUUCCCCCUUGGCUCUGCCGAGCUCCGCUGCAUCCUCUCCUAGGAGCCCGGUCUCCUUCUGCCCUCAAGGUGAAUGAUCAUCAUUUCGAAGGCAUUUCACAUUCCUGGUCCUUUAGGUGGUGGGUGGGCAUGGGAGCAGGGAGGGUCUUUGUUUAAAAUCAGACCUUGUCCAGAUCCAUCCAGAAGAGAGUCAGUAGCUCGCUUCUGGGCCGGCCUGGUCAAGUCAAAAAGUUAGAGGAGAAAUGCACCUUUGGUGUGGGAUUUUCUUGCAAACUGGUGUUAAGACAUGCUUGGGAUUUUCUUCUUUCCUUUUUUAAUACCGAAGGCUCUUAGUUAGAGCCAGUCCUGUGCGCACUCUGCUGCCGACAUUUUGAACCUUUGUAGAUAUUUGCCGUAAACAUAUCCUUGGGAGUUUCUUUGCGGUGGUUUGGUUUGGCUUGGCUCUCGUGAUUUAAAAAUAGAAAUAGCUGGGUAAUAAUGUUUUGAAAUAUGGGCUUAUGUUUAGUCAGGAAACCAUGUGUCAGUGCAGGGAAGUGAACCCUUGAAAGCCUGAGGGGCAGACGGGGGUGUUGUGCACAAGGGAGGCUGGCCGGGGGGGUGCGGGGCCGGGGGGAUGCCAGGAGCAGGAAGGCCCUUGUCGGGUGUCUGUCUGUGGUCCUGUUUGUCUUUCCAUCUGGGAAGAGCUUCCUUUGAAAGGGGUUGGAAGGUAGAAAUAUUUUGCUGACAACUGGUGAGUUUUUAAAAUACACAAAUAAGUGUGUUGACUGUGCGUGUGUGUGUGCGCGUGUGUGCUGGCAGACAGCGCAGUGAAACAGCGCAGUGAAGCGAGCAGUUGGUCUGCUUUUUUCCUGGCCUGUGGGGCCCCCUCAAAGGGCCCCCUGCACCCCCUGCCUCCUGCUGGGUCCGCAGACGCCUUUGCUGGCUGCGGGCCUUGCUUCCGGAGCUCCUUGAGGGAGGACGUCCGAUGCUGGGGACAGAGCUGGGAACAGCAUCCGGGAUUCCAUCCACAUCUUUCCUCCCACCAGCAGCUUCUCUCUCAAUAAAGUUGUGUUUUGUGCAA